UUUUCUUCAUGACUUCCAUUUGCAAUGGCUUCAGUGCCUUCUAGCUUCAUAACCUCCCAUAGAUCCACGUUUUCAUUUCCAAUCUGAAUUACUUUCUCUAUAUCUUCCUCUUUCAUGUGAAAAUCUUCCAUUUUUCUGCAGCUCUCAUCACUUUCUUUAACCCAAAUCCCAAACAAUCAAAAGUUUAGCCUUUAAAGCGCAAGAAGUCUGCUUUGAAAUCUCAGAAUUUUACCACAUUCCAUGCUUCCUUAUACAAUACGACCUCCUAUUAUAAUCCUAUCGCCACCACCGCCACCAACGCCACCGCUAACUCCUUCAGGCUCUUUAGAGUCCAGUUUCCCAAUUGUCACAAUUUCAAUUAUAGGUAUCCUAGCCACAGCAAUUCUCCUCAUGAGCUACUAUGCCUUUGUGACCAAGUGUUGCUUAAACUGGCAGCAAUCCAACACCAUCAGCCACAUCUACCAGUCUCACCGCCGCCGCCGAAGCCAUCAUAGUGAAGACAUCUUCACACUCCAGUACUCUGUCAUGCUCGGCGACCGUGGGCUGGAUGAAUUGACAAUUCAGGCAAUCCCAACAUUUCGAUACCGAAGAGACCAAGUGCAGGGCUCUUCCAAUGAUUGUGCUGUUUGCUUGAAUGACUUCAAAGAAGAAGAGAGGGUCAGAUUGCUCCCUAAUUGCCUCCAUGGCUUCCAUAUAGAUUGCAUUGAUGCUUGGCUGCAGACACAUGCGAACUGCCCACUUUGCAGGUCUGAGAUCACAACCGCUAAAACUUUACCAAUCAAUUCAAACAUAGAUGAAAUUCCAAGUCAGAAUUCAGCUGAAAUGGAGAGCAUUGUUAUUGAAGUAAGGGAUGAUGAGGCUCAGAUAAGUAAUGAUGAUGGCUACGAUGAGAGGCUUGAUCUGAGGAAUUGGAGAAAGAAACCUUAUGUCUCCAGUAUGGGAGACGAGUGCAUUGAUAGUAGAAGCAAGGAAGGAGAGUUUGGAGUGCAGCCCAUGAGGAGAUCUUUCUCUAUGGAUUCUUCUAAUAACAGGCAACUCUACAUUGCAGUGCAGGAGAUACUACAGAAGAACCCAAAUUUCCAAAUGGCGAGUAGUGGUGAAGAAAGCAGUAGUGGCAGUUCUGCUAGAGUUAGAAGAUCAUUCUUCUCUUUCGGACAUUCUCGUAGUUCCAAGAAUGCUGUUCUACCAAUCCAAAAUGAAUUGUAAGCUGUAAUGGUGUAUUGCUACACUUAAUUUUUUUUCUUAGAGAUUGUAUGUAAAAUGUUAGAGGGUGAAUUUUGGAUGUGAGAAGAAUCAUUACUGUAAAACAUAUUGAAUUAGUGGGCGGUUUCUUCUACAAAUUUACUCUUUCUUUUUUCAUGAAACAAGACUUUGAUCUA